AUGGUGUAUGAAUUUGGCAAGGCGCCCAAGGCGCCUAGUCCACAGCAUGUGAUUCUACACUAUCUGCGCAGCCGCCAUGAGUCAAAGCAUCGUACGCUGAUACAUGGGCGUUCGACGGAUCCUCGUUGGAUCUACCAACCAAACAUUUCCGAUCUUGCGUUUCUGACCGCCGAGAUGACACUUCAAGAAGCCAACGAUUGCUGUAACAAAGCUGUGCCUUUAUAUAUUUUCUCGGCGAAGCGCACAAUUUAUCUACCUCUGUUUGUGGAAGUGCUGCACAACUAUCUUUACCAUAAGUGGUUUGUUCCUUAUAAGAGCGAGAUUGAAUACUUGCAAUUCCUCGCAAAGACUUUCCUCCCGGAACUACUUCCCGACGAUCUCCAGCCAGGCCCAUUGGUCGAUCUCGCCAUCCCAGUCCAUGCGGCAAUCUGUGCAAGAGCACAAGAGGCUCGAGAUGCAGUCAAAGACCUUGAGCCGCCUUAUCCCUUGCAGCCAAUACCUCCCAAGGGUCCGAAGAAAUGGGGCCUUUACAAGUACACAUGCAUUGAUCAAAUCGUCCGUGAUCAAGAGUUUUUCCUCCUCCGGCCUCUAUUCCGAGCCAUCAUGAUCAUCAUGCGGCUCGAAGAAUACAAUCAUGAAGAUCUUGACAUCCGUCAAUUCCCCGUUCUCCUGGUUCGAACUGGAACAGAAGAAGGCCUUAGCGCUCCCAUUUCGUUUGAGCCUAUCGCUGACAAAAUUACAAAUGUCGUUCAGCGCACCAAUAAUGGUGAGGCUGUGGUUCAAGUGACACUUGAAACUGCGGUGGACUUUAUCAUGAGCAUGGACAAGCGAGAGAUUGCCGCCUUGGGACAUCAGCCAGAUCCAAUCCUUUCCACGCGAAAUCUUGGAGACGGUGGCCUCUACGGCCCGUCUAUUCUUCAUAACGCUCAAAGUAUGGGCUGGGGUGAUGAAGAACUGAGAGGCCCAAGUUCCACGUGGGUGGAUACCGAGAGAUAUCCUGAAUGGUCUGGUGAAGGUGCCAUUACAGACGGCAUCAUUCGAAGACUGGAGGAUGGGGUACACGAAGAGAUUCGCACGAGAAAAGAAGUUCUCCGGCCUUGGCCGGAGGAUAAUUCGAGAGGGAAAAAACAUUGGAAUAUAUUUUAG